GGUGUGUAUUGUCUGUGUAUUCGUGCCAGAUUAGAGACAUGCCAGUGCCAUACACACUCCGGUCUGUUUGUAGGAUUACUUUUAAAAACACUGAUAUACUACUUGGUACAUACACACGUAUUUGACCGAUUGUUAUUGUGUUGUUACGUGUCAUAUAGUGUCUUUAAAUCACGACUUUGUAUACAUAUAAAAUGGCUUUAAGAAGAAGGAAACGUCAGCGAGUAUUGGAAAAUAGCUGAGUUUCCCGUAAAGUACUUAUACUCAAAAGAUGGAUACCACGUCAAUCCCAAUUGUCCAACGGAAACAGAAUGAUGACAUUGCCCAAAUAAAGAACAGAGAUGACGAGCUGGGAUUUGUCUCUUCACACUUCCAUGAAUUUUGUUGUGGCCAGUUUGACGAGGAGGAUGGACAGGAAGGAAUGCUUUCUAAUACAAAAAUCUGCAAGUGUGGACAAACAAAUGUUGAACACCGGAAAGAUUAUAGAGGGCCCCAGUCGUUAAGAAACUCAUUAUACUGUGGCAAAAUAUGGAGGAAUCGGAUCAACUCACUCAAGUAUGUUCAAGUAGCUACUAGGGAUGACCCGGGAAAGAUACUCGAGCAUUUUUCGAGGUACUGGAAGAUUAAAGAUGCUGGUUUGGUUAUAUCCGUUGUUGGCGACGAGAUUCCACUAAAGCUUUGGAGGAAUUUUCAGUCUAAACUUGUUCAGUUUUCCCGUGAUGCUGAUGCGAUGGUGAUGACUUCCGGUUUAGACGAAGGUAUAACGAAAUCAGUGGACAAAGUGUUCAGCAAGAUGGAUCAGUCCUACAAGCAGCGGAGGGUUCCUGUAAUCGGACUGUCGCCGUGGAAUAUGAUCAAAGAAAAGAACAUGCUCAUAGCAGAUCCAAGAACUUUUUCGCGCACCUCACAAAAACAAAGUAAGUGGAACGUGGACAUCAUGACCAGAGGUGACACACGACUAUGUCACGGACUAGGUUACCACAUGUUUGUAGACUUUGCUCACGACAAGGCCAGGUAUUACAGUGAUGCCCUUGUUGGGGAGUAUACAGAGAAAGUGAUGAAGUAUCGACACCGAAUAGAACAGAAACUGAUGGAACUGAAUGAAGACGAGCAUACAGCAGAACACGCGCAGCUCUCUGCACCAGUGGUCAUCGUUCUGGCAGGAGGAAAUGAGUCAACACUGACAUAUAUUGACCUCGCUUUGAAGGCAAAAUUACCAGUAUUGGUAAUAAAGGGUACCGACGGCCUAGCAGGAUUCAUCGCCAACGCGAAUAACCCUAGUUUGGAGUUUGGUGAUUUUGUAGAAGAUUUCUUCCAAUAUAUUUCUGUCUCUCGAACCUACACAGAACGUGAGAAAUCGCGAAUAUCUUGUCAGCUGAAGGAACUGUAUCAAAAUCUCCAAACCGACAGUGAAGAAUGUUUUGCUGUAUGCGAUUUGGAGAAAGAAGUCGAUUUCAACAACAAGAUUCUCACAGUCCUCCUCAACAGCAGCACACGACACCCGAAGAGACUGAGCAGAAUCCUGAGUCUAGCGGUGGAAUGGAAUAUGCUCAAGAACGAACAAGUCCAGGAACUACUUACUCAACACCUUGAUUCCUGUGAUACAGAGAUGUUCCAUGAAACUCUGUUGACAGCCAUAACUACUCAGGAGAAUCGACUGGACUGGAUUGAAGAGCUCAUAGGCAAAGAAAUUACAAUUGUCGACUUCAAUAACUUCAUAAGCAAAAAUCUCCAUCAGCUCUACGAGAGGGCAUGUUAUGAUUACGGAAUGACUAUCUGGGAAGACAUAGCUCCAACAUACCUUUAUCGAGAUGAAAAGAAAUCAGACGAAGUAAAGGCCAUAUCAGACCGAAAGGUUAUAGUACGAGUGUUGAAGAACCUGUUUGACAGGUAUGAAGAUGAUUUUGUGGCUACAGAAUUUGAACUGCAGCAGAAAACUGACAAAAGCAACAUGAGAGCUUUGUUGCCAGAACGUCCAGGAAACUACUCCUACCCGUACAAACAUCUUCUGAUCUGGGCUGUUAUCUUCCUAAGGCCAGAUAUCGCUAAAUUUGCUUGGCGGAAGUUACGACAGGAGCCGUUGCAGAGUGCUAUUGCCAUGUGUUACCUAUCGGAGACAAUGAAAUCCCAGAUCGACGACAGAUUUCAGAAUGAGAAAGAACAACUAGAAAUCAACAAAAAGAUGUUCGAAGAUUUGGCCAUCCAGCUGCUAAGUGCCUGUAAUGUUGGAGACGAGAAUCUCACCCAGUUACUGUUGUGUUGUCCGUCGACUGUGUGGGGUGGACUGUCUGCUCUACAGAUGGCAGCGAGCGGAAAUGUGACGAACUUUAUGGCAGCACAGGCAGUACAGAAGUUCAUGGAUGAUAUAUGGAAUGGUGGAGUAUUUGUGGACGUGAAAAGGAUGGUCUUGUUACAAGUGAUGCCAAUUCUCGUGGCUACACCUGUCAUGAAGGUCAGGGUUCCAUAUAUUCUCCAGAAGACAGAGGAUUUAGAUGAGACUUACGGAAGGAAAGGGGGAUCAAAGUUCCUCGUGCGAACGUAUCAAAAGUUCAAACUUUACUUCAACUCCCCGAGAACAAAGUUCUUUUAUCAUAACAUGACGUAUUUCAUGUUUCUUGGACUAUUUGUGUAUAUGGUUUUGGUAGACUUUAAGAAAGCAUACGUCACCAUCAUGGAGAGCGUCUGUCUGGCAUGGAUUCUCACCCUGUUGGUGGACGAACUGUAUACCUUGGGGAUCUUUCCAACAGCCAGCUGGAGGGCGACAUUUCGUGACCUUAUCGGUCUGACAACCAUUGUGGAAUCCCUGAAUGCCCUAUUGUUUGUUCUUGGUUACUGUGUCCACCACCUGGAGCCUGACCAGACCUUUACAAAAAUAGCCUAUUCCAUCAAUCUCGUCAUCUUCCAACUCAAAAUAUUCAAGGCGUACAUUGUCGAUCAGACUUUGGGACCUCAGGUCGUCAUGGUAAAAGAAAUGACGGCGUCCAUGCUGCAGUUCCUCCUGAUCUUACUGAUCUUUAUCGUGGCCUAUGGAACAUCUAGUCAGGCCUUGCUCUAUACAGAGCGACAUCCUUCCUGGAACAUCAUUAGGGACAUCUUCUACCAACCUUACUGGACAGUUUACGGCGAAGUGGGAUUAGAUGAAAUAGCUGAUGAUCCGGAUUGCGUUGACGAUGCUAAGUUUUGUCGGAAGCAACAUAGUCUCGUAUAUAUAUUCCUUGGUAUCUACAUAUUGUUGUCGAAUGUCCUUCUUCUCAACCUACUGAUUGCUAUUUUCAGCAACAUUUACAACGUGAUAUUCGAAAAGACAUCCGCUAUUUGGCGCUACAACAUGUACUUUUUAACAUAUGAGUACCAGCUGAAGACGGUUUUUGUACCGCCUUUUUCUAUCUUGGUUCAUAUGGCGAGAUUUCUGAGGUUCAUAUUCUGCUGCAAAUGUAGGAAAACAAUACUAGGAAACCAGAUCACUCUAAAAGACAAUGAGUAUCAUCGUGUCAAUCGGAUGCAAAUUGAAGAGCGGAAAAACAUGUUUCAGAAAGAGUUAAAGGAAACGCAAACUUCAUUAACAAUACAAAUACAGAAAAUUGUCAGCAGACUAGAUAAGAUUGAGGAAACUUUGAGCAGUGACCACAUGGAGAUGACCACUGUGAAGCUUGACCGACUUAACUCCAAACGCUCUUUAAGGGGGCCAUCGCGUGCAGUGAUGUUUACUAAGAUGGCAAAACAAGACAGUAUCGAACAAAUCAAACCUUUGACGAUUGAAGAUGAUUUGCAAAGUGAAAAAGACGAAAAUAGCACUCUCCAUCAGCCUGAAAAUGACAAUACAAUGGCUCACAAAAGAAGACAAAGAAGAAUGGAAAGAAGGUCGGCAAGAAAUCUUGAUCAGGAAUCGGACGAAGACAACGAUGAAGAAACGGCAAACAUUAAUUUAUCAAAUAAUAUGUGGCCAAAUCAUGUCGAGGAAAACGGAAACCCUGCUGUUACACAAAAACAGUUAAAUCAGGGAAGGAGAUAAAAAACAAGAAGAAAAGGAGAGAAACAGGGAGGUUUAUCCUAGGAAAAAGAACAGGAUCGAACCGGAAAAUAUCAAUAUGAAUCAACUGGGCGACAAACACAAAAAGAAAGGAAGGAACAGUAACCCUUUGUUGAGCUCGCUUAAAGAUGAAAUUUUAGGGACGUUUGAAUAUAAGGAAACAACAGGACAAAAAAAGGAGAAGAAAGCAAAACAAAGUGAGAGAAACACCAGUACAACAGCUUUAACAAAAGAGAACCUGCUAGAAACUACACAGGGACUGGAAAGUUCGAAAAAUCAAAAACGAAAAAGUCGUAAGAAACAAAACGGAAGGAGUAGUGAAUCAAACUUAGAGAUGGAAAAUCUGAAAUCAAAUGUAGAAAAUGACUUUGUAGAAAACGAUUUGGUAGAAAAUGAUUUUGAUAUUAAGGUUAAAUACACACGUCCACCAGACACAAGGAAGGAAAAGUUUAAGCGGACAACGAUGAAACGUUCAAGGAGAGGAAACGUGAGCGGAAACAUGACAGAAUUACCUACGGUGGACAAAUGUAUCACAAGUGCGUCUCCAACUCGCGCGAUAUCCCCUUAUCUCUCCUCAUCUGACAACGAAAGUCAGGCGUAACAUACACUUCUAUUGUGUUCAUUUGUCAACAAUUGUCCCAUUAUGUUAUAUAACAUAUAAAGAAAACAAAAGUCGAUAGGUGCAUCAAGAAUCGAAAUAAUUACCAAAGUGAAAUAUACAUGGGACUGUUCAAUGUAACCCUGGUGAUCCCUAUAACCUUAAAUAUAACACUGGUAAUCCCAAUGACCUUUACUGUGGCACUGGUAAUCCAAAUGACCUUUACUGUGGCACUGGUAAUCCCACUAACCUUUACUGUGACACUGGUAAUGCCACUAACAUUUACUGUGGCACUGGUAAUGUCACUAACCUUUACUGUGGCACUGGCAAUGCCACUAACCUUUACUGUGGCACUGGCAAUGCCACUAACCUUUACUGUGGCACUGGUAAUCCCAAUAACCUUUACUGUGGUACUGAUAAUCCCAAUAACCUUUACUGCGACACUGGUAAUCCCUAUAACCUUUAUUGUGACACUGGUAAUGCCACUUACCUUUACUGUGACACUAUUAAUGCCACUAACCUUUACUGUGACACUGGUAAUGCCACUAACCUUUACUGUGACACUGGUAAUCCCAAUAACCUUCACUGUGACACUGGUAAUCCCUAUAACCUUUACUGUGACACUGGUAAUGCCACUAACCUUUACUGUGACACUGUUAAUGCCACUAACCUUUACUGUGACACUGGUAAUGCCACUAACCUUUACUGUGACACUGGUAAUGCCACUAACCUUUACUGUGACACUGGUAAUGCCACUAACCUUUACUGUGACACUGGUAUUACCACUAACCUUUACUGUGACACUGGUAAUGUCACUAACCUUUACUGUGACACUGGUAAUGCCACAAACCUUUACUGUGACACCGGUAAUGCCACUAACCUUUACUGUGAAACUGGUAAUGCCACAAACCUUUACUGUGACACUGGUAAUGCCACAAACCUUUACUGUGACACUGGUAAUGCCUCUAACCUUUACUGUGACACUGGUAAUGCCACUAACCUUUACUGCGACACUGGUAAUGCCACUUACCUUUACUGUGACACUUGUAAUGCCACAAACCUUUACUGUGACACUGGUAAUGCCACAAACCUUUACUGCGACACUGGUAAUCCCAAUAAUUUUUAAUUUCAACUUGUUGUAUUGAUUUAGACCUUUAUCGAUAGAAAGAUAGGAAAUUAACCACGAGAUAUACAUUGUAUUAUGUUGAAAUAUGUUACAAAUAGUACCUACGAAUAUCGAAACGCGAUUGAUACAAGUGGUAUGAAGAUAACUAAGAGAUAAGAAUACUGGUUCGACCAAUGGGCCUGGUUCCACAAUGCAAGGAUUUGUAGUUAUCUAUCUUGAUAGACCGCCAGUUCGACAUACGAUGUAUAUUUAAUCGCAGAUGUACAUUUUAGUUAAUGUUCUGUUAAAUUGUUGUGCAUACGAGCUAUAGUGAGCGAACAUUUUCUAAAGUACUUCCUAUUUGUAUGGUGUUCAUGCUGUUUAUCCUUUUAUUUUGAUGUCUCAGUUAACUGUUAUAUUUCCUUUUGCUUGGUUAUCUCUUCCAUAAGCUGCUGUCAUUGAGUGUGUCUCCCUAGUAACUCUAAUCUUAAAUCUGGUCUUUCUGUCUCCUUAGUGAAAAACGUCUUUCCUCGUUUUGAUGUAUUCCCUUAUAUUUUGUCUUGUCUUCCUUCUAUCAAGUAACUUGUCUUUCAUUUUAUUUUUUGUUUCCUCCAGCAACUACUCAAAUGUUGUAUUUCCAUUAAAUAAGUGCCAUUCAUAGCGUCCCUUGUCCGCUCUGAAAAAAUGUCUCGGUAAGACUUAAGAGUUCUAUUGUCUGACAUAAAUGAAACCAGAUAAAAGAUAAUAUUCCUCUGAAAAUAGUACAUCCAGAAUUAAUCAUGGACUGACACAUAUAUAAAAAUAAUGUUCUGUUUGUGUUCUAAUCUCCCCAACAGAUUCACUGACGAUUCCUAUAACUAGUCAGCGUAUACUCGUUAUAAAGUUCAUACUUUCAGGUGCUAAAUUCCAAUUGUAUUGUUUAGAGACAAACUUCAAAUGUACAUAUAAUGUAUGUCGGACUUGUAGUAAUGUUUCUAGUUUUAGACUGAUAAUCCACUUUACAUUCAAAUCUUAGUCUGGCGAUCCAGGUUUAUCUUCCAGUCUAAGACUGAAACUCGUGGUUUAUAUUCCAGUCUAGGACUGAAGAUCCUGGUUUAAGUUCUAGUCUAAGACUAAAUAUUCUGGUUUAUAUUCCAGUCUAAGAUUGAAGAUCCUGGUUUAUAUUCCAGUCUAAGAUUGAAGAUCCUGGUUUAUAUUUCAAUCUAAGACUGAAUAUCCUGGUUUAUAUUCCCGUCUGUGACUGGCGAUCUUGGUUACAUUCCAAACUAAGACUGAAACUCCUGGUUUACAUUCCAGUCUAGGACUGAAGAUCCUGGUUUAUAUUCCCGUCUGUGACUGGCGAUCCUGGUUUAUAUUCCAGUCUAGGACUGAAGAUCCUGGUUUAUAUUCCAGUCUAGGACUGAAGAUCCUGGUUUACUUUCCAGUCUAAGACUGAAGAUCCUGGUUUAUAUUCCAGUCUAAAAGUAAAGAUCCUGGUUUAAGUUCCAGUCUAAGACUGAAGAUCCUGGUUUAUAUUCCAGUCUAGGACUGAAGAUCCUGGUUUACUUUCCAGUCUAAGACUGAAGAUCCUGGUUUAAGCUCCAGUGUAAGACUGAACGUCGUGUAGUUAACGAUCACGUCUGGGGGACCCCUAGUGUCAUUAUCGCUGAUAUGUGUACCUCCUGUGUAGAUUUGGAGGUUGUGUCAACAUUUUACGUCUAUUUUUGUCUAUUUGUGUUGCAGAACUGACAUUAGAAAUGAUCUGGUGUGAAUUUUAUUAUCUUUUAUAUUUACUUUAUUAAAAUAUAUACAUGUAUUUAAUUGUUUUAAGACAUAGCUCGUGAAAAUAUAACAAAUGU